AUGGCCGACGGACCGGACUGCCUCGACGUGUCUCCCCAGUGCCCGGUUGAAGCUUCAAUCUAUGGCUACCUACCCAGUUUGGGGGCCAAUGGAUUCUUUUGCGGCUUCUUCGCACUCGGCUUUUUUCUCAAUCUCGGCCUGGGGUAUCGAUACAAGACCUGGACCUAUAUGGUGGCCUUGAGCCUAGGGUGCUUGACGGAAACUAUCGGCUAUAUUGGAAGAAUUAUCAUGCACGGGAACCCUUUCGCGGACUCUGGGUUCAUUACACAGAUUUGCUGCUUGAUCAUCGCGCCUGCUUUCAAUUCUGCCGCCAUUUACCUGACACUUAAGCACAUCACUUUAUGCUUCGGCGCCGAAUUCUCGUUUGUCAAGCCCAGACUGUACACCUACAUUUUCAUCGUCGCCGACCUGAUCUCGCUCGUCCUUCAGGCAAUCGGCGGAGCUCUUGCAUCUACAGCCGAUACUCAGGCCCAACAAGACACGGGUGACCACCUCAUGAUGGCUGGCAUUUCGUGGCAAGUGGCUUCACUCUUCUUUUUCGCCAUUACGGCGUGUUUUUACAUUUUCCGGAGAUGGAGAGCGGUCGCGCAACAUCCUUUGUCCCCGGAGGCGGCAACCACAAUUCGAAACAUCAAAUUUCGACUCUUCGCCUUCGGUGUCAUCAUUGCUUGGCUCACCAUUUUCAUUCGAUGUGUAUAUCGAAUUAUUGAGAUGGCCGGUGGUUGGAGAAACUCGAUCAUGCGCAAUGAAACGGGGUUCAUUGUUCUUGAAGGAGUUAUGUUGGUGUUGGCGACUUCGAUGCAAACGGCGUUUCACCCAGGAUAUUGCUUUCCUCGGCUUUCUUCCCGCCGGUUGCAAAGGCUCCCCAGCAAAAAUUCCCGAGACGUCUCCAUGGAGGACGUUAUGGUGCCUCGUUAG